GAAAAAAACAGAAAUUCGGCGGUCCCAAAGUCACCCAUCUCCUCUCAUUUUCGGCAUUUUCUUUAAUUGGUUUUAAGAAAAGCAGAGACGAGGUUCCAAAAUUUGUAAUUCAUUUACCUAUUAUUAUAAGUAAACAUCAUUUUAUGAAAUCCCUCAGAUUCUCCUAAUUUCUAGAUAUCCUUCAAUAAAUCCCUUCUUCUUUUAACAAUUUUCAAUUAUAAAUAGUUCACUAUCGCCGCGCUUUUCUUUUACUCCCUUUCUCCCUCCCCCAUUUUCCCUAAUCAAUUCAAACACUAGUCUCUCUCUUUUUUCUUUCAUUAAUUACUCGAUUUAUUUAACCAUUUCUUUUUCUUUUCUUUUCUUUUUGCUGCAAAAAUCAUUGUUAUUGUUUGCAUUUUCUGGGGGGAAGCUGGAAUGUGAAGACCUUCGUUAUGUUACAGAAGCAAAGCAGCAGUGUUCGUUUCUUCUUCAAUCAAAUCUCUAACCGUAACCGUAAGGGAAACGAUAUUUUCAUGGCGUUUUUGGCCCGUAACGACCCCUUUUUUUCCAGGCACCUUCACACGUCGCCCAAAGACCAGCGCCGUUGCUUCCAGUUCUUGGGCAAACUCGUGCCGCUCGAAAAUUACAAUGUCAGCCGCUGCGGCAGCGGCGGCGGUUUCAAGUUUAAUAAAGCGGCCUCUAGCUUAAAUUUGACUGUCAAAAGUUGUCUCAAUGAUUCGCCGAGAAAGUGGGAUCAGAAAGCACUCGCCUUCGCUUCCCAAUUGGCGCGCGAAUUAGAAAUCUCUAAACAUGAUGAACCCCAGAAAAGGGCGAAUACGGUGGCUGAUUCUCGUGGCUUGUCUCAAAGAGGGACUCUUGAUUUUCCCGACAAGCCGUUGCCUGAGAAAAUCGUGGUUGCUGUCGAUGUCGAUGAAGUACUGGGAAACUUUGUGUCGGCUUUGAAUAGAUUUAUAGCGGAUCGUUAUUCGUUAAAUCAUUCAGUUUCCGAGUACCAUGUUUACGAGUUUUUCAGGAUAUGGAACUGUUCUCGCGAUGAAGCUGAUAUCCGUGUCCAUGAGUUCUUCAAGACACCAUACUUCAAGAAUGGUAUCCAUCCACUCCCAGGCGCUCAGAGGGCGCUUCACAAGUUAUCUAGAUUCUGUAACCUUUCCGUUGUAACGUCUCGGCAGAAUGUGAUCAAGGACCAUACAAUAGAGUGGUUAGAGAAGCAUUAUCCCGGACUUUUUCAUGAGAUUCACUUUGGCAAUCAUUUUGCUCUUGAUGGUGAAUCUAGACCCAAGUCAGAGAUAUGCCGGUUGUUAGGAGCCAAGAUCCUAAUCGAUGAUAACCCUAGAUAUGCUAUUGAGUGUGCUCAAGUUGGAAUCAGGGUUCUGCUUUUUGACUACGAGAAUUCUUAUCCUUGGUGUAAGACGCAAUCAAUUGAUGAACAUCCUUUGGUGACUAAAGUGCAUAGCUGGGAAGAAGUGGAACAACAAAUAGCGUCUUGGAUCAUUAGUUCUACUAUCCUUUAAUAUGGUCUUUAUGGUCAGACUCCUACUUCACAGUUUUGUUAACUGUUUCUCAUACUCAAAAAUAUUUGAUAGUCCCGAAAAAUUUGAGCUUGUUAUUGUUCAGGGCAAAUCAGCCAUCUCCCAAAAUUGGGGACAUGGUUGUAUUGACAGAAACUGGAAGGAAUGUGAGUGGAAUAAUGCAUUAAUGUAAUUAGUAAUUCCGUAGAGUACGGAGGGUUCCACUGAAGAAGGAAAGUUUUCUUUUUAGCUAUCCUUUUGUCCAGUUUUAGGGGGAAAAAACAUUAGUGAGAUCCAAAUUGGGUGAAGUGACGUAUCAUUGAGUUGCUCAACUGGCUAUAAUAUCCAAAUUCAAGGUUCUUUUCCAA